AUGUCGUCGUUCGCCCCGCCUUCUGGGCCUCCCCCACCCUCGGUACCUGAGGGAUGGAAAGCACAGUAUGACGAAAGAUACCACGCAUGGUUCUAUGUAGACCUCGCAACAGGCAAAUCGCAAUGGGACCGCCCCGAGGCUUCCCCGCAGCGCAAUGACGGCAAUCCACCAGCCCACUCACCUCCACCAUCCUACGAUAACGCCGGGCCAGGAGAUCCAGCCGCACUAGCAGGCGCUGGCGACAAGAAACACAUGGGCUCCAACAACCCCUACAACCCAACAAACACCGGGCCCAGCCCCAGCCCCGGCCCCAAUACAAUAGACGAAGACGCCCGGCUAGCCGCCAAACUCCAAGCCGAGGAAGACGCCCGUGCUGGCGGUGCCGGUAGCCGCGGCGCCUCAGAUGACUACUACGCCGGUAAUGCGGCACCGCAGUCCGGAUCCAACUAUGCAGCAGGGCUGUCGCAAAGUAGUCAAAGUCCAGUGCCGGAACAGGCAGAACGCAGCAAAGGCGGUUUUCUUAGUAAGCUGAUGGGCAAGAAGCUGGGCAAGAGGCCGCAGCAGCAGCAGCAGUACGCUUCCUAUUCGCAGCAAGGCCCCCCGCCUGGUUCUUACUAUGGCGGUGGUGGCUAUCCACCGCAGCCGGGCCCCCAGCCUGGAUAUGGGUACCCCCAACCUGGGUAUGGAGGCGGCGGGUAUGGAGGAUACCAACAGCAGGGCGGUUACUACCAGCAGCAGCCGCCUCGCAGGCAAGGAGGUGGUGGUAUGGGGACAGCGGGAGCUGCUGCUCUUGGUGUUGGAGGUGGAUUGCUUGGUGGUAUGCUCAUUGCUGAUGCUAUGGAGGAUCACCACGACGAUUAUGGCAAUAAUGAUUACGGUGGUGGUGGUGAUGAUUAUGGAGGUGGUGGUGAUGACUUUGGCGGAGGCGACUUCUAA